AAAUGGGAGAAGAGGACUACAAAAGAGAAACGAACUCAAGUCUCUCUUUUCAAUCGAAAUCAAAAUAAAUCUCAAACGAAGGAGAUUCGUGCAUCGCUUCUCAUUCUUCAAUGAUCCCAUGCUCCCUCCGUUACUCCUCUCUAGAAUCCCUCUCUUAAAUUAUUUCUUUUCCCAAAACUAUACAAAAAAAAGAAAAAUAAUCACCCCACCCAUUACAUCACGGCAACGUUUUUCCCUCAAAGAGAUAAUAGCAUGGAAACAAUCCGCUACUCCCUUUUGUUCAUCCUUUUUAAUCCGCCCCAAACCCGAAACCAAAACCAAAUUCAACCCGCCUUCUAUUUUUAUUCGUCUUUUUCUUAUUCUAAUCACCUGUUCCUCCUCCUUAUUCUUUUCUAUAUCUUUAUCAUUUCUCUCUCUAAUCUUAUUUGUUGUUCUGAUUGUUCUUCGCUUUCUUCGGUGUUGUUAUUGUUCGUGUUCCUAUUCUUAUUAUUCAUCCGCGCCAAAUCUCACCGCACAUCUGGUCGCUUUUUAUUUUUUCUUUGGUUUUUUCAACGCCAAAUCGCUCCCUUAUUCGCCCCCCCCCGUGGUAUAAAUUAAUGCAGGGGAGGGAUUCGUCCAACCAUUCAUUGUUCCUUUUCGUCCAAAAUAAGAAGCCCUAGCUUUGGUAUUUUCGCCUCCGAUCUCUCAAACCGUUCAUGAUCUAGGGUUUGGGCCACCGCCUAUGGAGAUUGGAGAGGGCGGCGAGGGGAAGCCCCCGCCGGAGGGGUUGAAGAAACCUGCGUCGACCCCGGAGGGCGGCGAGGUGAAACCCUCUAAGAGGCAGAUGAAGAGCCCGUACCAAUUGGAGCUUCUUGAGAAAACCUAUGCCGUGGAGACGUAUCCGUCGGAGGCGUUGAGGGUGGAGCUGUCGGCGAAGACCGGCCUCUCGGAUAGGCAGCUGCAGAUGUGGUUCUGCCACAGGAGGUUGAAGGACCGGAAGUUCCCGCCGGCGAAGAGACAGCGGAAAGAGGAGGAGCCAGCGGCGGCGGCCGCUGGGGGCGAUGCAAUGAUGGGUUCGGGGGCUGCACCGGUGGGGUCUAGCUCGAACCCCUUUGCGGGAGGGCUUGGGAGUGGUGGGGAGACGAGGAAGGCUGUCUCCCGGGCGGCUGCGGCAGUCUCGAGGAUUGGGGCAGAGAUGCCAUCUGCUGGGAGGAGGUACUAUGAGCCUCCGCCAGGGCUUUUGCUGCAACAUACCCCACCGGCGCAGCCAUUGCCACUCUCAAUGUCGGAGCUCCGUGUGAUUGCUUCUGUGGAAGCGCAACUUGGAGAGCCCCUGAGGGAGGAUGGACCCAUUCUCGGCGUGGAGUUCGAUCCUUUGCCGCCCGGUGCUUUUGGGGCGCCUAUAGCAAUGACACCACAGCAGAAGCAGCCUUUGCGACCUUAUGAUGGCAAACUCUUUGAGAGGCAUGAUGGGAAGGCAUCAACUUUCUUGCCUAGCAUGGAACAUUGUUUCAUUCCAAGUUCAUCUAGUGGGAAGAAGAAGCAGGCACUUGGAGGUUCUAAUGUUGUUCAUCCUCAGAUGGGUUCAAGGGCUCUUCAUGAAUAUCAGUUUCUCCCUGAGCAGCCAAGUGUCCAAUCAGAGACAUAUGACAGGUUCCCUCAAUCUCAUUUCUAUGACUCUUCAGUGGAUGCCCCUGGUACUAGGAUGCCAUCUUUACCUUCGGGAGGGCAAUAUUUGCAUGGAAAUGAGCAGGUGGCUCCUAGUUACACUUUUCAAGGUCAAAUGACAGGUGCCAGCCUUUUGUCUCAUCAAGGCAGGCAGCAAAUAUAUUCUUCAGUUUCAACAGAGUAUGACAAUGCUCCGCAUAGUAGCUCUUUUACCACCGCUCCAAGUGACACUCAAUUUGGUGUUCAUGAAGUUAUGACAUUAGAAAAUCCAUAUUUGUCAUCUGAUAGGAGGAUUUUUCGUGAGGAAGGUUCUUCUCGAAUGGAGAGGAAACGUAAGAAUGAAGAAGCAAGAAUUGCGAAGGAGGUUGAAGCCCAUGAGAGGCGGAUCCGGAAAGAACUUGAAAAACAGGAUAUUCUGAGAAGAAAGAGAGAAGAACAGAUGCGGAGGGAAAUGGAAAGGCAUGAUCGUGAAAGAAGAAAAGAAGAAGAGAGGGUGAUGCGUGAAAAACAGAGAGAGGAAGAGAGAUUCCACAGGGAACAGAGGCGUGAACUUGAGCGCAGGGAGAAAUUCAUGCUGAAAGAAAGCCGAAGAGCUGAGAAGAUGAGGCAGAAAGAAGAACUGCGAAGGGAGAAGGAGGCUGCGAGGCUAAAAGCUGCUAAUGAGAGGGCCACAGCUCGCAGGCUUGCUAGAGAAUAUAUGGAACUCAUUGAAGAUGAGCGCUUGGAACUGAUGGAGUUGGCUGCAUCAAGUAAAGGGUUGCCCUUAAUUUUCUCACUUGACAGUGAUACUUUGCAGCAGCUAGAUUCGUUCAGAGAUAUGUUGAGUUCAUUUCCCCCAAAAUCAGUACGACUGAAAAGGCCUUUUGCAAUUCAACCUUGGAGAGAUUCUGAUGAGAACAUAGGGAACCUUCUCAUGGUUUGGAAGUUUUUAAUUACUUUUGCUGAUAUCCUCGGGCUUUGGCCAUUCACUCUCGAUGAGUUUGUUCAAUCUCUCCAUGAUUAUGAUUGUAGACUGUUGGGGGAGAUACAUGUUGCUUUAUUGAAAUCUAUUAUUAAAGAUAUUGAGGAUGUUGCAAGGACUCCAGCAAUGGCAUUGGGAGCUAACCAAAAUAGUGCUGCUAAUCCAGGAGGUGGCCAUCCACAGAUCGUUGAAGGGGCAUAUGCUUGGGGCUUCAACAUAUGCAGCUGGCAGCGCCACCUAAAUUACUUGACAUGGCCUGAAAUAUUGCGACAAUUUGCUUUGUCAGCUGGAUUCGGGCCUCAGUUAAAGAAAAGAAACAUGGAACGUGCCUAUUUCCGAGAUGACAAUGAGGGUAAUGAUGGUGAGGAUGUAAUUUUUACUUUGCGGAAUGGUUCAGCUGCUGAAAAUGCAGUGGCAUUGAUGCAAGAAAAAGGUUAUACUCAUAGACGUAGAUCUCGGCAUCGUUUAACUCCUGGAACCGUCAAAUUUGCUGCUUUUCAUGUCCUUUCUCUUGAGGGAAGCAAAGGCCUUACAAUACUAGAAGUUGCAGACAAGAUUCAGAAAUCUGGCUUAAGGGAUCUCACAACAAGCAAGACACCAGAGGCAUCUAUUGCUGCAGCAUUGUCCAGAGACACAAGACUUUUUGAAAGAACAGCUCCUUCCACAUAUUGUGUACGGACUCCUUUUAGAAAGGAUCCUGCUGAUGCAGAAGCGAUACUAUCCGCUGCACGAGAAAAGAUACAAAUAUUCCAAAGUGGACUUUCAGACUCCGAAGAAGCUGAAAAGGACACAGAAUAUGUUGAUGAUGCUGAAAGAGAUGAAGAUUCUGAAUGUGAUGUUGCUGAUGAUCCUGAAAUUGAUGAUGUUGAAGCAAAACUAAACAAGACUGUUCCUUUUGCAAAUGAAUUAGAAGUUACUAGAACAUCAACUUCUCUAGGUAAUGAAAAGGAGGAGGCAGUUGGUGAUGAGGUUGAUUUAACUCCACAAAAUGGUUCUAGGAAUGUGGAAAAAGGUCUUCCAAUUCCUCCUUCAGAGAACUCCAAAGUAAUAAGUGCUUCAGGUGCUUCACAGUCACUUGAUAUCAAUUCAAACUGCCAUGGGGUAGUUAAUGCUGACAUGGAGAACACAGAGAUUGAUGAGAGCAACUUUGGUGCGCAAUGGGUUCAAGGACUGACUGAAGGUGAUUAUUUUGAUCUUAGCGUUGAGGAGCGCCUUAAUGCCCUUGUGGCAUUGAUUGGUGUUGCUAUUGAAGGGAACUCCAUACGUGUUAUUCUUGAGGAACGUCUGGAAGCUGCAAAUGCUCUAAAGAAGCAAAUGUGGUCAGAAGCACAGCUUGAUAAAAGACGUUUUAAAGAAGAAUACACGAGCAAAUUACAGUACUCUUCCUUCAUGGGGAGCAAGGCUGAGGCAACCCAAAUAAAUGCUGCACUGGAGGAAGGUCAAACUCCACCACCCACUUUUGAGAAUCAGAGUUGUGAUGGAAAUCCAAAUACGAUCAACAGUGACCAGUUUGUUGAGCAAAGCAGUCAGAUCAAUGUUAGUAAUGCAUCUGCUGAGAAGAAUUCUUUAGGACAAGAUUUUUCUUCAAAUGCAGACACUCUUCCACUUCAACAAUAUGGAUAUGCUCCUGAAAAGUCACGUUCACAAUUAAAAUCAUAUAUUGGUCACAAGGCAGAACAACUAUAUGUAUACAGGUCACUACCUUUGGGUCAAGACCGUAGGCGUAAUCGAUACUGGCAGUUUUCAACAUCUGCUUCACCAAAUGAUCCUGGUUCAGGAAGAAUCUUCUUUGAGUCCAAAGAUGGAUUUUGGAGGGUUAUUGAUUCAGAGGAGGCAUUUGAUGCUCUUCUAGCUUCCCUGGAUACACGUGGUAUUAGGGAGUCGCAUUUGCAUUCUAUGUUGCAAAGAAUUGAAACAACCUUCAAAGAAGCAAUUAGGAGGAAAAAGUGUACCACCUCUCUGAACUCAGUUGAAGGUUCCAUCAAAUCUGGGGCUAAUGAAAUGAUGUCAAGUCCUGAUUGUACCACAGAAUUGGAUAGUCCCAGCAGUACUAUUUGUGGUCUUACUUCAGAUGGUUUGGAAUUCUCCACAUCGUUCAAGAUUGAUCUUGGCCGGAAUGAUAUUGAGAAGAGUGCUGCUUUGAAGAGGUAUCAAGGCUACUUGAGAUGGAUGUGGAAAGAAUGCUAUAAUCCUCAUAUAUUAUCUGCCAUGAAAUAUGGGAAGAAAAGAUGUUCUGAGCUUCUACAGACUUGCCAUUUCUGCUACCAGUCUUACUUGGCGGAGGAAAGGCAUUGCCCUUCUUGCCAUAAGACAUUCAAAACCUUUUAUAAUGCUGAUGCAAAUUUUUCAGAACAUGUGACUAUGUGUGAAGAAAAGCGAAAAAUGGACACUGAGUGCAAAGUCCAAGUGUCAGAUUCCUCUCUUUCCAUAGGGAUCAAGCUGCUUAAGGCACAGUUGGCUGUAAUUGAGGUCUCCAUUCCUUCAGAAGCUCUUCAGCCUUUUUGGACUGAAGGAUAUCGAAAGUCUUGGGGUGUAAAGUUACACUCGUCGUCAUCUGCUGAGGAACUCUUUCAGAUUCUGACUUUGUUAGAAGGUGCAAUAAGACGGGACUGUCUGUCAUCAGAUUUUGAAACAACAACUGAACUGCUGAGUUCUACUACACCAGGACUUGCUGUAGACAAUACUGUUCUCCUUUCAGGGUCAGUUCCUGUACUUCCAUGGGUGCCUGAUACUGCAGCAGCUGUGGCUUUAAGGCUGUUGGAUCUUGAUUCUUCGGUUUCUUACAUGCUGCAUCAAAAGCUGGAAUCCCAUAAGGAGAAGGAAGUAAGAGAAUUUAUUAAACUUUCAUCAAGAUAUGCAGUUGUCAAAAGUAUUCAGGAUCUGGAUCCGACAGAUACUUCAGAUCAAGUUGAUUACCUGAAAGAGGCUAAGUGGCUUGAUCCUGGGAGUGGACGCAGAGGUCGUGGACGAGGGAGCCGUGGUCGGGGUGGAAGGGGUCGUGGACGUGGAGGGAGAGGUUCAAGAGGGAAUGGAAGCUACACCAGAGCAGAGUUCAGAGAUGAAAACAUCAAUUGUUUUGAGAAGACCACGCGGAAAUAUGCAAGAAGAGGCAGGACACGUGGCCGAGGGGGGCGUAGGAGGGGCCGUCGCACUGUUAGGCCACGGCAAAGAUCUGAGAGCAGGGUGCCAGCAGUUCAAAAAGAGACUUUGUUUGGCAAUUUUAACAAUGUGAGUAACAUUGUCAAACAGGACAGUGUUGAGUCUCCAAGAAGCUCGGGUGGAGAAGAAUGGGGUUUAGAGGAAACCAGUAGGGCAUACAUUGAAGAUGAUGACAAUAGUGAAGGUUCCCAAUCUGAUGAAAAUGGUCAAGCAUUGGGAGAUAAGUAUGAUGACCAGGUAGCAGAUUAUGUUAUAGACUACGAUGACAGCAAACCCAUAGGACUAAUGGAUGAUGAGAGUCAGGAGGAUGAUGAUGCAGAAGGUGAUGAGGAAGGAGAUGAAGAUAUAGAGGAAGAUGAGGUGGAUCAUAAUGGUCAUGAGGGCUUGGAUGCUGAUGUGGAUGAUGAAGACGAAGAUGAAAUUGGCGAUGAUGGGGAGGAGGUUGGCAAUGGUGUGGGAAAUGGAGAUGAAGAAGGCGCUUCAUCUUUCUCUUCAGAAUACAGUGAUUAAGGAAUUUUGAUUCUCUGUAUAGAGUAUGAGAGAAAAGUACUUGAGAGAUGAUAUCUGUCCAUUUUUUUUUCUGCCCGGUGGUAGCUGCGGCUGCCAUUGUCUUCCUUUUUGUUGGACUGGUGGUAUGAAGGGCUGAGGCUGUCUGAGGAAGCUUCCUAAUUGCCUUUGCAACCUGAGGUGGCUUCUGGACAGUGUAGAUAAGGGAAGGAGAUCUCUGUCAUUUGAGAAGGGCACGCUUGGGCUCAUCGUCCGCAGUUAGCGGCAAAAUUAGAUCAGGCUAAGCAAUACUGAAUGAUGCGACAAAUUUGUAGAUUUGUGCUGGUCAAACCUUUUGAGGCUGUUCCAUACCUAUUGAGUGAUCUAUAUUUUAUUUAUGAAUUUUUUUUUUUGAUUGGGAUAAAAUUUGUUUUAAUAAUUAGUUACGUGUCUACUAUGUGUAUCGUGAUGCAGGGUCAGUUUAGGAAGUGUGUCCAUGCUUCUCUGGUUGAUUAUAUUGAAACAAUGGUCCUGAGUGGUGGUUUUCGUCCUUGAUUUUGGCAUCAUUCAGUUGUUUCCAUA